AUGAUUGCUAUGACAUGUGUCAUUUUUCCACUGGAUUUAUGCCAUGACUACUCUACCCCGGGAUCAUCACACUGUACAUGUUUCAUUCCAUGGAAGUCCUCACGACUGUCCCUAUCCGACACAGAGAAGCCCACCGAAUUAACCGACAUGCUUGAUCCCAUAAACACGCUGAGCAACCAGUCAGCAGAGAACCAGCUUGACAACAUCAUUGACUCCUACGACCAACGACCUGAUAGGACUAUCCCCGAUCCAGACUCACCCUCUGGUGAAGAGCCGACUCUCUUGGUCGAAGAUAUUCUCAAACAAGAUGAGGCGCGUAGCUUUUAUUUUGACUUUGAAGAGUCCGACCAAGACGAUGCCAAAAGUGCCUCGAGCCAAUAUUCUCGAUCCAUUCAUGAUCGCUUAAGGUCCAGCUCAAAAGUAACUGAGCAAGCUCAAUUGAAUGGCCUCCCAGCCGUGCCGCCACUUCCAAGUAAUUUUGCACCACCAAACUUCUCGAUCAGACCACUGGCACUGCAACACCUCAAUUACAGGGUCUCUGACGUUACUUCUUUCAGCUCUUCUUUCACCUUCAAGCAAUGUAAAGCAUGCAAACAUAUAAAAGAGGCAAACGAGGUAGUACGGUUUCAUUGCUCUGACGAAUACUGCCAUAACUGCGCCAGUAACCUCCUUUUGAAAUCUACUCUUCGGACAGUAUUCACCCCGCCGCACUGCUGUGGCCAGGAGAUAUCGCUGCCUUUAUUCCAGCCCUGCAUUGACAAAGAAACAGAGUUAUAUCUAAGAGGAAAGUAUAUGGAGUAUCAUGGCAAAAAUAGGACAGAGAGUGCAUGUGCCGUUAAGGGAAAUGAAGAAUUGGAGCCCUCUCAAGUUAUAAGAAGGAACCAGAAUAUUACCGAGCAGGAAAGAUGGCAGCAAUGCCAUAUCUGUCAUCGACUAAUUGAGUGUAAAUAUUGCCGCAGCUAUAGCUGCAGUCGCACCUUGUAA